AUGACGCCAUCCGCAUCGUCGCGUACGUCACAUCCGUUCUCGCCGCCGUCGCUUUCGUCGCCGUCUCUGUCGUCAGCGUCCGCUCGGACCUGGCUGCUGGCCGCCGGCGCCUCAUUCUCUUUGGUCGCCGCGUUUUCCGGGACGGCAACGGUGGCGGCGAAGGAGCGGCCCGAGGUGGAUCUGGGUCGCGACGCUGAGGUGGUGCUGUACCAGUACGAGGCGUGCCCUUUCUGCAACAAGGUCAAAGCUGCGUCUCUUCUCCUUGUCGCCUCUUCUCCCCAUCACAGCCUUUUGGACUACUACGACAUACCGUACCGCGUGGUGGAGGUGAACCCCGUGGGUAAGAAGGAGCUCAAGUGGUCGCCCUACAAGAAGGUCCCUGUGCUCGUCGUCAACGGCGAAUCCCUGGUCGACUCCUCAGCCAUCAUAUCAGAGCUCCACCGCCGUCUGAACCCCUCCAAGGCCACCAACAUCCCGCCCGCCGCCCCUGCUGCUUCCGCCGCCGCGUCCGCCGCGGCAGCGUCCGCCCCUGGCGCAUAUGCCAGCGCCAUCGGCGGGGGGAGUGGCAGCAGCGUGGGGGGGACUAGCAGCAGCGGGGGCGGCGGAGUGGCGGAGGUUGUGGGGCACGUGGGGGAGCGGGGCGUGGCGGAGGGACAGGCGGAGGAGGAUCUGGACGAGGAAACGAGAUGGCGCAGGUGGGUGGACGGGCAUCUCGUGCAUCUGCUCUCGCCUAACAUCUACCGCUCGCCCUCUGAGGCGCUAGAGGCGUUCGACUACAUUGCCACCAAUGGCAACUUCACGGCAUGGGAGCGCAUGAUGGCUCGGUACUUCGGCGCGGGCGCCAUGUACAUGAUCGGCAAGAAGCUCAAGAAGAAGCACGGCAUAGCGGACGAGCGCACUGACCUCUACACGGCGGCUGAUGAGUGGGUGGCAGCUCUUGGCGACAGGAAGUUCCUUGGAGGAGAGACCCCGAACCUAGCUGACCUGGCAGUGUUUGGAGUGCUGCGGCCAAUCAGGCACCUGACAGCUGGCAGGGACAUGGUGGCGACUUCGAGCAUAGGGCCGUGGUACGAGCGCAUGGAGCAGCACGUGGGGGCUUCUGCUAGGAUCACCGCUGCUGAUGGUGCUGCCAGUGAUGCUGCUGUUGGCAACCUUCUGGAGAUACAUUCUACAACAGCGCCAUUUCCAUUUCCAACUGCUCCUUACGGGGUUUUCUUGCCUUGGUUUGCGAGCAUUCUACGCCGAAAAACACUCCUCUUACUCCUACUAGAAUCCACAACCAUGGCGGCUGCAGCCCCAGAACCCAGGACGUUAGAGCGCCUCUGCUCGGCCAAAAUCGCCAAGCACCUCAAGCGCGCCUCGUCCCUGCUAGGCUCGGGCGACCUGUGGCAGAUGCACGCCGACGCAGACGAGGCAAAGGCGGCCGCUCAACGCGGUGACGGCGCGGGCUCCACGCGACGGCCGUGGAAAAUGAGCAGCAUGGUCGCGCGCAUCGAGACGUCGCUGUCGCGCUUCACGUGGCGGAAGCCGCCGCCUUCCCCCACCGCCCCGAGUAAACCCCCCAGAUCGCCAAUAGCCGCGAGUGUCACCGCCGAUCCGCCAGCACUGUCGCCGAAAUCGCCCAAUCUCGCGUCGAGGAGGUUCAAGCAGCGCUGCGCCGCAGAGUCGCAGAUUCAGUUCCGCGUCUCCCCGUCCCCGCUCGUCUCCGCCGCUUCCGCCUUUGCGGGACUUGAUUCCGCUGCCGCCCGCAGGCGCAAUGCUGCGCACGCCACGGCGGAGGAGAACGUCGGUCGCGGGGCGUCCGCUGCUCGACGCGUGCGGGCAAGCCUGAGCAUGGAUGAGGGGCAGCUGCGCGCAUGGGAGCAGCACGGCGCAACAACGCCUUCUGACGCCGUUGACAAAGACAGUCUUGACAGGAAUGAUGUUACGACUGGCGACGUUUUGUUUCCGAAGAAGCCGGCGGAGAAUCUGGAUCUGGGAAGUUCGGGCCGUGCUGACGUGCCAGAGGGGUCUUCCGCGCGAUUGGCGCAUUCCAACGAGCGGUGCACUCAGAGCGGCCUGCUGCAGCGGCGGAGCGACGACAACCGGCCGAGCAGCAGGGCCACAUACAGCCCUGCUCCUAGCGGCAGCGGAAGGGCCGCGGCUAAAAGUCCCGCUACUAGUGGCAGCGGAAGGGCCACAAUGGGGAGCCCUGCUGCUAGCGGCGGUAGUGGGAGAGGCGGCAGCAGCAGGGCUAUGGUGGUUGGCGUGUCGCGGUCACUCACUCCGCCUUCCAGCCCCACUGUUAAGACGUUCUCGUUUGAGGCGUAUCGGCAGCAGCAGAUGGCCGCGCAAUGA